AUGACCAACCCAUGGGAGGUCGUGGCGACCAAAGGAGAGGCAGAGCAACAAGCAUUGUUGCUUCAAGGCUUGGUGUCUGACUCACAUCAAUUAAGACUACCGGUGGGUCACUUUGACCAUCCUCUAUUUCUUACUUUACAGGCAUUGUUGAUCCAGGCAACCAAGAAGCGAUACAGGUAUUUUCCAGGAUUCUUUCUCUCUAGCAAAAAUUCUUUGCAACCAUGGAUACCAAGAAGAAUCCAUGGCUCAUGCUUUCUCUUCUCUUCCUCGGCUUGUCUGUCAACAACCAUCUCUGCCAACGAAUAUAUCACCGCUCACCAAACCAUUGUCUCUGCAAAUGGGAACUUUGUACUGGGUUUCUUCAAACCAGGUAACGCUUCUAAAUACUACAUAGGAAUGUGGAACAGUAUGAGUAAAUUCCCAACCCAACAAACCAUAGUUUGGGUGGCAAACAGAGAUAAUCCAGUCGUCGAUAGAAGUUUUUCUGUAUUAAGAAUCUCCGAUGGUAAUUUGGUUCUUCUCUUCAAUGAUAUCCAAAUUCCAGUUUGGUCCACAAAUUUAAACUCCACCACUUCAAGUCAUGUAGAAGCCGUUCUUCUAGAUGAAGGAAAUCUUGUUCUGAGAGAUGGGUCUAAUUCAUCAAAAUAUUUAUGGCAAAGUUUUGAUCACCCAACUCAUACAUGGCUUCCUGGUAGUAAGCUUGGAUUCAACAAAAUUACCAAUGAAAACCAACGCCUCAUUUCAUGGAAGAAUGAGGAGGAUCCUGCACCAGGACUCUUCUCUCUUGAGCUACAGCCAAAUACCAGUUCGUAUUUUAUUCUGUGGAAUAGGUCCAUUCAGUAUUGGACUAGUGGAGCUUGGGAUGGGAAGAUUUUUAGCUUAGUUCCUGAAAUGACCUCGAAUUAUAUCUACAACUUCCGUUAUGUUAACUAUACAAAUGAGAGUUAUUUCACCUACUCUGUUUACUAUCCUUCCACCAUUUCUCGAUUCAUAAUGGAUGUUUCUGGGCAGAUUAAGCAACUGACCUGGUUAAACACUACCAAUCAGUGGAAUUUGUUUUGGUCUCAACCGAAAGCACAAUGUGAGGUUUAUCCUUUUUGCGGGGCAUUCGGUAGCUGCAACGGAAAAUCCUUGCCUUUUUGUAGCUGUUUGAGAGGUUUUGUUCAGAAGUCGCAGAGCGACUGGAAUUUGUCAGAUUUUUCUGGUGGAUGCAUUUGGAGAACUGCUUUACUGUGUGAGAAUACCAGUCUUACUAAUAGGCAGCCGGACAGUUUCUUUCCAAUGCCCAGCAUGGCAUUACCUGUACAACCACAAUCUGUUGGGGUUGGAAAUGCUGCAGAAUGUGAAUCCACCUGCUUGAAUAACUGCUCUUGCACUGCUUAUGCUUAUGAAAUCAAUCAUUGUUCAAUUUGGGUUGGAGAUCUCUUGAAUCUGCAACAACUCACUGGAGAUGAUCCUUAUGGGAGAACUCUAUAUCUCAAACUUGCAGCUUCUGAGUUUCCUAGUAAAAAGAAUUAUAAGUGGAUAAUUGUUGGUGCUGCUGUGGGUUCAGUUGCAGGGGUAGCCGUUCUGCGGGUAGCUGUGCUGCUAGGCCUUUUAGUGGUUGUAAUCCUUAGAAGAAGGAACAGAGCUGUUGGAACAGGGGAAAUAGUAGAGGAUUCAUUGGUGGCAUUUGGGUACAGAGACUUGCGAAAUGCGACCAAGAAUUUCUCGGACAAGUUGGGAGGAGGAGGCUUUGGUUCUGUUUUCAAAGGGAUGUUAUCCGAUUCAACAGUCAUAGCAGUCAAGAAACUUGAAAGCAUCAGCCAAGGAGAGAAGCAAUUCCGCACAGAAGUCAGAACAAUCGGGACAGUCAACCAUGUAAAUCUUGUUCGGCUUCGUGGGUUCUGCUCACAAGGUACUAGAAAGUUGCUGGUCUAUGAGUAUAUGCCAAAUGGCUCUUUAGAGUCUCAUCUUUUCCAUGAAAAGUUUUUGGAUUGGAAAACAAGAUACCAGAUUGCUAUAGGAACAGCUAGAGGGUUGGCUUAUCUCCAUGAGAAAUGCAGAGAGUGCAUCAUACACUGUGACUUAAGACCAGAAAACAUUCUUCUUGGUGCUAAUUUAUGUCCGAAAGUGGCAGAUUUUGGCCUGGCAAAGCUUGUGGGGCGAGAGUUCAGCCGAGUCCUGACAACCAUGAGAGGCACAAGAGGUUAUCUUGCUCCGGAGUGGAUUUCAGGGAUGCCCAUUACGGCCAAGGCCGAUGUUUACAGUUAUGGAAUGAUGCUUUACGAAUUUGUCUCGGGAAGGAGAAACUCUGAGCCAUACGCGGAAGGCAAAACUAGUUUCUUCCCAACUCGGGCUGCAAGCCUCAUAGGUGAAGGGGGCAAUGUCCUUAGCCUAUUAGAUCCCAGGCUAAAGGGAAACGCUGAUGUAGAAGAGCUCACAAGAGUUUGUAAAGUUGCUUGUUGGUGCGUCCAAGAUGAUGAUACUAACAGGCCGCCGAUGGGUCAGGUAGUUCAAAUUCUUGAGGGAGUUUUAGAUGUGAACUUGGCUCCGAUUCCAAAUUCUCUCCAAGUGUUUGCUGACAACCAGGAGCACAUAGUUUUCUACACCGAGUCACCCUCAAGCCAAAGUUCACAGGCACAGAGCAAUGAUUCAACUGUUUCCUCUCAGUUGAAGAGUGGCAUGUCCUCAACGAGUUCAAAGUCUUGAGAGCAAUCAAAUGAAGAUAUCUUGAGCUCUUAUAUGUUUGGUAAAGAGUGCAUUUUCUCAUUCUUGUUCUUUCUCAUUUGUGUCCUAAUAACUGUUAUAUAUAGAUAAUAUUUUUCCGGUAGG